CGCCACCACAGUCGGCAUAUUCAUCUCUCGCAGCUACAACGUGUUAUUAUCCAAACAGUCUACCAUAAAUGCCGCACGUUGAAAUGUCGCGAGACGCCACUACAUUCACCAUCCCGCCGUCUGCGCUCGAAGGACUUUCAGCACGAUCUAGAGAAUGUAUUGAACGAUUGAGGCUACAUCAAGCCGACAGUGUAGACAUAUCGGCGCAACCAUCUUCGAAGCUCGCGGCCGUUCUCGUACUGCUCUACGAACGAGCGGGUGACCUUCGCGUGCUCCUCACCACGCGCUCGAAGACUCUGCGCUCUCAUCCUGGUCAGACUGCACUGCCGGGUGGCAAAGUGGAUGACACAGACGACGAUGUACUCAGCACGGCGUAUCGAGAAGCCCAUGAGGAAGUCAACCUCCCACUCAACUCUCCUCAUGUCCAUCCGAUUUGUGUACUCCGACCGUUCGUCUCCGCCUACAAGCUCAUCGUAACGCCGGUUGUGGCCUUGCUCGACGACCUAACAGUAUUAGACGGAUUGAAGGCAUGCGAAGGGGAAGUCGAUCACAUAUUUGACCAUCCAUUGGAGGCGCUGUUGGAUCCUGAGCUUGCCAGGAAAGAGAAGCUUGUUCCGCGAGGUAGUGAGCAUUGGCCGUAUGAAGAAGAAUUACAUAACACAUCGGAUAAUCAGGUUUCGUGGCUGGGUGUCUAUCGUAUGCACCGGUUUCGCAGUACUGCUUCCCCUGUGAAAGGGCUGACCACGGAUAUCCUCAUCAUGACGGCCGAGAUUGCAUAUGAUAAACAGCCAACUUACGAGCGCUGGCAUCCCAGUCAGCUUGGAUAUGGCGCGGUCGAUCAUGUAUUGAAGGAGGCCAGAGAAGCUCUACAGGGGAAUGGGCAUGCGGCGAGCAUUGAAGGCGCCGUCGCCUCUUCUCCAUCUACCCCGGCAUCUGAAGCAGCGGCAACAUAGUCCAGGGAGGUUAUUUCAAUUGGGCCAACACUAUGAUGGGAAUAUUUAUUCGACUUGUGUGCCAAUAUCAUGGCCAACUUGGGCACCGUGUGGAUGUUUUAUUGGCAGGAAAUAGACUAAAUUACCAAGAUUUUGAUGUCUGUACGCUUCUUCCGUGCAAUCCACUUGUUUU